AUGGCCUCCCAGCUAGCAAUCCAAGAGCUGACGAUUGCCGACCUAUGGCUACACGAAGACGACGAAAUCUUCGCGGACGCUGUUGCGUGUGUGCAGGCAUACUGGAGCCAGGCAUCACAGUUGGACGCAAAGUCGCAGAGGGUGAUGAGGCAGCUUGUCAUUGACAGAGAAUUCGCACACACGAAAUCCAGUCGAGAAUGCGCGGGUCACCAUCGUCUUCAUCGGAGAGACGGCUUCUCGUGGCCAGACUUUCUCAUCCUGAAUGCACUAUACAAAAGGCUUCCUAUGUCAUAUUUGGCGGCCAUCAGA